GCCGCUCGGUCCUAAUCGCAGGAAGGGCGGGGAGGGGAAUGGGAACUCUUUUGUUUAUGUUGCCCUUAGCAGCCCUUGGAGUGAUUGGGGCGCAUGGCGGCGGCGGCAGCAGAAAGGAACGAUCUCUUCGCGUAUCUGACACGGCUCUCUUGAAGACAGAAACCGGGUCUGAGAGCUUUUGCCUGAAGCCUUAGCUGCGGGCUCAAGUCAAGAGCUUGGCCAAAGGCAGCAUGACGGAGCUGCACGAAGCGGUGGCUUUGGGUAACUACGACUUAGCGGAAGAAAUCCUCCAGAGGGAGCUCGCGGACCCAAAUUGCAAAGAUGCGGACUGGAGCGACCGGACGCCCCUCCACUGGGCGGCAGCAAACGGCCACACAAAGAUAGUAAAGCUGCUUGUGGAACACGGUGCUCGCCUGGUUUUGCGAACGGAGGCAGGUUGGACUCCAGUUCAUUUUGCUGCAGAAUCAGGGCAACUGGGCGUGUUGAGAACACUGCACUCCUUGCACGCACCGAUGGACGCCCCAGAUCUCUAUGGAGAUGUCCCAAGAAGAAUUGCAGAAAUCUAUGGGCACAAAGCCUGCGUCAAAUUCUUAGAAAUAGCUGAAAUGGAAAACAGGGCAUAUUGCCAGACGGCAAAAUCAAAGGGAAUCCAACUGGAUGAGAAGGAUGAAGCUUGGGAGCUUAAGAAGGAAGAACUUUUGAAAAAUAAACCCUUCUCUCCAAAGAAAUGUAUGAAGCACAAAAUGCACGGAAAGGGUGGAGUGAAAGUUCCUUCUAGAAAACAGUGAGAAGAAUGGUAUAUUACAGAUAAGGUAGAACAGAGGGUCACGGCUACCUUAACUUUGUAGUCAUUGCAACUCAUCUAUUUCAUUUACUAUUUUUCUUAUUUUGAACUACUUCAGGAGUGUCAAACUCAUGUCAUCACAGCAGCGUCAUGUGACAUAUCAGGCAUGGGCGUAGCCAGGAUGUGACACAUCCAGCCUGCGGGCCAGGAGUUUGACAGUGCUGAACUAGUCACCAUCUCAGUUUAAGAAAUUUUUUAAUACAUGCAUGAAAAAUACUAUUUUUAUAUACAUUUUGCCUGAUAAACUAAUUUUGUGCACUUUUGUAUAAUAUAUUGAUAUUUUUAAGCUUUUCUCUAAUUUAAU